CGAUAAAUCCACUGGUCGCAAGGCAAAUUUAAUUUCUAAUUUUUUACUUCUUUUCUGGUGCUGUGAUUAACUAAUUCGGUUUCUAUAGACUGGCUCAAGACUUGGCACCUGAACAAUUGCCAGACAGUAAUACUGCAACUCAAUAGAAACCGGAUCGGCCUGUACCAGAAUGAAGCCUCAGCCGCGCUUAAGCUUGAGCAGCAUGUCGCCGCAUCACAGCAAUCCCAUUGCUGACUCUACCAGAAUUGAUGGCACUCCAGUAGCUCCUCGCCAUUCGCCGGCGAAUCUCUCGCACAGAGCUCUGAGUCUCGAACGGAGCCACAAUACAACUAAUGGCAGCCUGGGAAGCCGCACCGCGUCAUCGACAUCCACAAUAUCGCGGCAGAAGCUGAACCUCAGUCAGCUGGAUCCCAAAACUUUUGCGGAUGUGCACAGUAGUGGACUGGCCUCGCGGAUAGUCGCAUAUCAUCACGAGAGCACGGUGGGCGCGCGUCGUGGCCUACAUCGUAGCAUGUCUGUGAGCAAUCUGUACAAUCCACUGAAGCAGCCAAGAAGGACCCCCUCGUCCCCACUGCCAUACAGACCAUCGCCACCGGCACUGUCCAUGACACGAAUUGCGCCGCCAGAGCGCAGUUUCUACUGCGGCAACACGCUGCCGGGGCUGCUGCGCUCCAAUUCGGUGGUGGGUGUGCCCAAGGCGAAUAAUGAACACGAGCAGCUGUCGCGCGAGAAUCGCCCCAUCCUGCAUCCACAUCCGCCGCAGCAUGAGAGCGAGCCCACCAGGAGUGUGCUGGAAGAACUCAAAGAGAUCUCUCGGAAGCGUAUCAACAGUGGGGACACACAAAAGCAGCACGAGUUCCUCAAGAGGAGCUGCCAGCGCUUUGGCGACUUCGUGGACCAUCAUCCGUCUCCCGCGACGACCUUCAAAAGGCAACGAGAGCUGAGUGUGGCAGUUCCACUGAGACACCAUCAUGCGGCGACAAUGGUGCCGCCACCGCAAGCGCCGCCGACACAGACACAGCAUCAGCUGCAGGCCACGGAGGCCAUUUCACCGGAGCAACUGGCAAAGCGUCGCAACUGUAGCUACAACAAUGACAUUGCCUCCUCGCUGAGUUCCAGCCGACGGCACGUGAGCAAGCGCAAGCUGUACGACAUGCGGGAGAGCAUGCGGCAGACCAGCAUGGAGGGCCCAGCCGGUGGCAGCUCACCCGAGAUCUCCCCCAGCGCCCAUGUGUCCAAGAUGCAGCGCAAGAUUGAAGCCGAACCCAUAUCCAAGGCACAGAGUGUGCCGACUGUAGCAGUGCCAGUAGUGGCGCCACCACGCACCAUCUCGGCCCCGACUCUGGGCCAGCAGCAGCAACAGAUCAAUGCGGAACACCAGGCUGCACUGGAGCUGCCUUUGGCUGCCUCCAAGCCUAAGCUCACGCUAUUCAAUGCCAAGCAUUCGCAGGAGCAGCUGCAAAAGCGGCAGACGAAACAUUAUGAUCUCGACAGUCCCGACGUGGAGGCUGGCGAAUACGCGGGCAUACAGUUUGUGAAGCCCAAGCAGCAGAACUCCAUGGGUGGCGUGAAGAAUCCCAGCGUCGAGCGCACACACAAAACGAAGCUGGCCAUUAUGCUGAGUGGGCUGCGCGGCGAGAUCUACCAGGGAGAUGAACCAGACGAAAUGGACGCACCCGUCAGUCCAAAGACACCCAUCAAACCGAUUGUGCCAAUGACAUCCACAACCCUCACAACAACGACCAGCCUCUCGACAAUAACCAAGACCACGACAACGUCCAGCAGUGACAAGCCAAUUAUAUUGAGUGAAAAGGUGAUUGUACCAGCAACAGGAACAGCAACAGCAACAGGAAUAGCCACAGCCACAACGGCCACGAUAAAUGGCUUGCAGCCAAAGCUUCUCUUUGGUCAAGCCCCAGCAACAGCAGCAACAGCAGCGACAGCAGCAACAGCAGCAACAGCAGCGACAGCAGCACCCAAAGAGUCAUCAAAGGAAACGCCAGCCACAACAACUUCGAGCUCUCCGGCAGCCACACCAGUGCUGACAUUUGGAAGUCCAAAGUCCACAGCCACUGCCACGGAGGCACCUUCGAAACCAACGUCAGCAUUUGCCGCCCCAAGCAGUGCCCCAGCGGCCGUACUAUCAUUUGGCAAAGCGCCGACAGUAGGCACUGCCACCCCAUUCAAACUGGAUAGCAAUCCCAGUCCCAGUCCCAAUUCCAUAAACAAGAUGAAUGGAGAACGAACUACAUCGACGCCUGCAACUACAACGACUUUCAGCAUGCCAGCAAUGAACUUCGGGAGCAACAGCACCACCGCGACAAGCACAGCCGCAUUUGUGUUUGGAAAACCGGCGGAGACCAGCGGAGCAGCAGGAGCAGCCGCGAAGCCUCCUGUCUUUAGUUUUGGCAGCACCACAGCAGCCCCACCAACAGCUACACCGACAGCAACUCCAGCUACAUCCUUGUUUGGAAAUCAGCCACAGAACAACAGUUUUAGCAGCGCAUUCAAGCAGCCGGAAGCGAUCAAAGCCAGCCACACAGUGGAGCCAGAGCCAGCGAAGCCUUCCGCCAUAAUUGGAAUAAAGUCGAGCUUCGGCGCCAACAGUUUUGGCAGCGCAUUCAAGCCGCCCGCAGCAGCAGCAGCAGUCACAGUUGCUCAGCCGACAAAUGCAUUCAGUUUCACGGAAACAACAAACACAGCUGCUGCAGCAGCACCACCACCAAAUCUCUUUUCGUUUGGUGGUGCGGCAGCCGCAAAGCCAGCGCCAGCGGCAGCACCGGCACCAGCGCCCACCAACUCAGGGAACAUGUUCGGACAGAGUGCAGCUGCAGCUACACCGGCACCCUUUUCCUUUGGCGGCGCUGCAGCAGCAGCCGCCUCCACCACACCAAACACCGUCAAGGAGCCAAACAAGCCAGCAUUUGUAUUUGGAGGCGACACCGGCGCCACAACUGCUGUGCAGUCGAAUGGCAGCAACACCAACACCAACAACUUGUUCAACUUUGGGGGAGGCGGCACUAGUGGCACUCCUUCCUUUGGCAGCGCCGCAUCGACCAAUGCCACCCCGUCCAACAGUGCCUUCAGCUUCAAUGCAGCGCAGAAGCCGAUCGGCACUCAGAGCGGCAUUAAUGCCGCUCCAGGAGCCGCCACAGCCACCAAACCAUUUUCAUUUGGUGGCGGACAGCAGCAGGUGAAUGGAGCAGCCGCCUCCACCGCUUCAUCGCCAGCGGGAGGAUUCUCCUUUGCGGCCGUUGCCAAGAAGAACGAGCCAACCACCAAUGGAGGAGCGAGUAUGUUUGGAACGCCCAACAACGCCAGCACGGGCGCAAAGACGAGCUUCAGCUUCGGCGGCAGCAGCAACAAUCAGAGUGGCCCAAUCGGCGCAGCAGGACAGCAGCAGCAGCAGCAGUCAGGCCCGGGUCAGCCGGGUGGAUUCUCCUUUGCCGCUGUCGCCAAGAAGGAGACCAGUGGCGCCAGCAUGUUUGGCCAGCCUGCAGCCGCCACACCAAGUGCGUCCAUCAAGCCAAGCUUCAGUUUUGGUGGCGGCAGCAGCAGCAGCAGCAACACUCAAAAUGCAGCACCCGCUGCGGCGCCAAGCUUCGGCGGAUUUGGAGCACCUGCAGCCCCCGCUACUGGCAAUCAGAGCAAACCCUUUGCGUUCGGUGGCAACACAGCCGCAGCGCCCAGCGCAAAUCCUGCCAUGGGCGGCAACCUGUUCGCCAAUGCGGUGAGCGCCGUUCAGAAUCAGGCCAAGCCGGGCGGCUUCUCGUUUGGCGGAGCAACAAGCAAGACGAACACCCAACAACAGGCGGUGGCUCCACCACCGGGCAACGCUCCCUUCUCGUUCGGCGGAGCAACAGCAGCCCCUCCGACCAUCAACCAGAACGUAAAUACGGCCAAGCCGUUCAGCUUUGGCGGCGGCGGCGGUGCCAGUGCCUUUGGCAGUCCCAGUCCAUCGCCUGUACAGCCAGCAGCAGCAGCCCCCAGUCCGGGCGGCGGAGGAGCCUUCAGUUUCGGCACACCAUCGGCGAGUGUGGCGCCCGGCAUGUCGCAGCAAAUAAACGCUGGCAAUAUGUUUGCCCUGCCGCCAAACACUUCGGAGCCACGCCCCAUACGACGUGCCACCAGGCGGCUGCAAAAGUAGGAGCAGCCCUGCCCUGCCCUGCCCUCAAAUUUGUAUGUUUAUUUUGAAAUUUUUGAAUGUUUCGUCAUUAGUUCAAUUGAUUUAUGUGAAGAAUAAAAACAGCAAACAAUUG